AUGGGGAGGAAAAAGAUCCAGAUCCAGAGGAUUACGGAUGAAAGGAACCGGCAGGUGACCUUCACCAAGCGGAAGUUUGGGCUGAUGAAGAAGGCCUACGAGCUGAGCGUCCUCUGCGACUGCGAGAUCGCCCUGAUCAUCUUCAACCACUCGAACAAGCUCUUCCAGUAUGCCAGCACAGACAUGGACAAGGUGCUGCUGAAGUACACCGAGUACAACGAGCCCCACGAGAGCCGGACCAACGCAGACAUCAUCGAGACCUUAAGAAAGAAAGGUUUUAAUGGUUGUGAGAGUCCCGAACCCGACGGGGAAGACUCCAUUGACCAGAGCCCGCUGACGGAGGACAAAUACCGGAAAGCCAGUGAGGACCUGGACAACUUCUUCAAGCGCUACGGCUCCUCCGUUCCUGCUCCCAACUUUGCCAUGCCUGUGACGGUGCCAAUGGCCAACCAGAACGCCCUGCCAUUCAGCAACCCCGGGGGCUCCCUGGUGACCCCAUCGCUAGUGACGUCCUCCUUGACCGACCCCCGGUUGUUGUCCCCGCAACAGCCAGCCCUCCAGCGCAACACCGUCUCCCCGGCGCUCCCGCAGAGGCCGGCCAGCGCAGGGGCGAUGCUCGGAGGGGAGCUCGGCAACACGAAUGGAGCCUGUCCCAGCCCGGUGGGCAACGGCUACGUCAGCGCCAGGGCCUCCCCGAAUCUCCUCCCCGUCUCCAACGGAAACAGUUUAGGCAAGGCCGUCCCAGCAAAGUCACCCCCGCCGCCUCCCACACACAGCAACCCACUGGCCACGAACAUCCGUAAGCCGGACCUCCGUGUCAUCACCUCUCAGGGCGGGAAAGGCCUCAUGCAGCACCUGACGGACGAUCAGUUGGAUCUGAACGCCCAAAGACUCAUGGUGUCUCAAGCCACGCAUUCUUUGACCACGCCGGUCGUUUCGGUGGCCACGCCCAGCCUGCUGACCCAGGGGCUGCCCUUCUCAGCGAUGCCCACGGCGUACAACACAGACUACCAGCUGAGCAGUGUGGAGCUCUCCUCCCUCCCGGCCUUCAGCUCGCCCACCAGCCUGUCUCUGGGCAGUCUCUCUGCCUGGCAGCCACAACCACAACAGCUGCAGCCGCAGCCGCAGAUCCCGGCCUCCCUCAGCAACUUAAUACAAGGAAGCCGUCUGCCGCACGCUGCUGCCGCCGCCGCCUCCAUCUGCGCCGCCACCUUGACAGUCAACACCAGCCCCAGCAUCAGCAUCAAGUCGGAACCCGUCUCACCUAGCCGGGAGCGCAACAGUGGCACCCCGCUCUCCUCCUCUCCCUUCUCCCACCAGGCCCGCCACGAGCCCAGCGGACGCUCGCCCGUGGACAGUCUCAGCAGCAACGCCAGCUCCUACGAGGGCCCCCCCGAGCGGGAGGACCCCUCCCGGCCCGACUUUGGCUCCUCCCUCGGGCUCCUGAGACCCAGCGCCGAGGCCGAGGGGGAGAACCCCUCCAUCAAACGCAUGCGCUUGGAUGCCUGGGCCACGUAA